UUUUUUAAAAUAAAAAAAAAAAAAGGUAAGAACACAGGUCAGCGAGUUGGACUCAUCAGGCUUAGAGAGAAUCGCAGAAGAAAACACGAAGACGAAGCAAUUGGUAACUUACACAGAGACUUGAAGAAGAAGCUUGAGGAUUGGGAUUUUCAUUUACUGCAAUGGAAGGUAAAUCUCCAGACCUGGAAUCGAUAGGGUCUGGUACAACUACAAAGAGGUCAAGUGUUUCAUCAGGAAGUCGAUCUCGUACCCGUAGAGAUUUCCUUGGUAGAUUCACUGACAGUGCGCAUUUCACUGAAAAGCUUGAGGAUUGGUUUGCUUUGACAUUGGAUAACUCUGCGACCAGCAAUGGACCGGUUUUUGAUGUUCCUUUUGAGUUAGUUGAGCUUCAAAAGUUUGAUUAUGCAUUGGAAGGGAUUUCUUUCCAGCAGCUUACUCGGAUGCCAAGUCCUAUUUACGCUUCAACGUCUAAUGCUGUUGAGGCAAAGUCAUAUCUAGCUAUAGAGGAUUUUUUACACGCCACUGUUAAGAGCUUGUGGGAGGCUUUUUGGAGUCAGGACGAGCCUGUUCCUUUCUCUGUUGGUUGUUUAUACAAUCAGAAUCUUAAGUUUUAUCAGGCUGAGAGAGCUUUAGCUCUUGGAAAGCUUGAAGGUCUUUCCGCGACAGGUAUUUUGCUGAAAAAUCCUCGGCAUCCUCACGGGAAAUGGGAUCACAUUCUUGAACUUGCUCUUCUAAGGUCUGACAUAGGAAGCUUUGCACAUGACAGUGAUCGUCUUCCUUCUUUACCUGUCUUAGGCGAGGCUCUUUUCUAUGCUCUCCGUAUACUCAUCGCAAGGAGUGUGAGCCGUUUAGAUUUUUCUCAAAGCUCAAACUGUGUCUUCAUUCUUCUCGUUGAUUCGCAGUAUGGAGGUGUUGUAAAAGUUGAAGGGGACGUAAAUAAAUUGGAUUUUGACUUGAACAAUGUUUACGAGUGCGCAGCAGACUGGAUAAAGAAGCAUUCCAAGAUAGCAGUGUCGCCAGUUGACAGAAUAUGGAACAAGCUGGGAAAUGCCAACUGGGGAGACAUCGGUGCUUUACAAGUAGUCUUUGCAACUUACCACAGUAUAAUGCAGUACUUUGGGGCACCAAGGCAUUCCAUUGAAGACUUAGCUGCUGACCAUAGUUCUCGCCUUCACUCAAGACGACAGGAGAGGCAGUUGGGAGAUACUAGUCUCAAUGAAAAUGGUAUGUUUAGGUUCCAGCAUAGUACCAUGUCUCCUGAAAUUGUCGAAGUUCAAGAAGAAUCAACCAAAAUUGAGUCUGAACCUUCGAUGAAACUGGAAGUUGGAUCUGUUCUGUGGUUGGAGGAGUCAAACUAUCAAAAAGGCUAUCAGAUUAACGAAAUAUUGACUAAUGGUACACUCCCUUAUCAUAUCGCAUCGCCAGUGGACGAUGCAGGGAAGUCUGUGUUUCUGUAUGUUGGUUCUCCUCCUUCACAGCUUGAGCCAGCUUGGGAAGACAUGAACUUGUGGUAUCAGGUCCAAAGACAAACUAAGGUAUUAAGUAUAAUGAAACAGAGAGGACUGUCUAGCAAAUACUUACCGCAGCUUCAUGGGUCUGGUCGGAUCAUUCACCCAGGCCAAUGUCAAAAACCAAGUUCAGGUGGACGAUGCGAUCAUCCUUGGUGUGGAACUCCCAUUCUUGUGACCACUCCUGUUGGCGAGACAGUAGCUGAUUUGGUUAACGAGGGUCGGUUUGGUACAGAAGAAGCUAUUCGAUGUUGCCACGAUUGCUUAUCUGCACUUUCGUCCUCCUCUUCAGCUGGAAUUCGACACGGUGAUAUCCGCCCAGAAAAUGUAGUUUAUGUCACUUCUGGUGUAAGACAUCCUUACUUUGUACUAAUUGGUUGGGGUCACGCGGUUCUUGAGGAUAGAGAUCGACCCGCAAUGAAUCUUCACUUCUCCUCGACUUACGCACUCCAGGAAGGGAAACUCUGUGCUGCCUCAGAUGCAGAGAGCUUGAUUUACAUGCUUUAUUUCUGUUCUGGAGACUUCCCUGAAUUGGAUUCAGUUGAAGGAGCUCUUCAAUGGAGAGAGACCUCUUGGUCCAAAAGAUUGAUUCAGCAGAAGCUCGGUGAUGUCUCAGCCGUUUUAAAAGCGUUUUCUGACUAUGUUGACAGUCUAUGUGGGACACCAUAUCCAUUAGAUUACGAUAUUUGGUUGAGAAGAUUGAAGAGGAAUCUUUCAGAAGAUCAUGGGAAAGAGAUUGAAACUUCAGGCUAAGCCACCAUCGAGUUAGCCACCAGAUAAUGGAGGUCCUUAUAUAAACAUCCGAUUUCUUUUGAAUAUUCUUUCAGGUGCUCUCUCUGCUUAACCUGUCCGAGACUGGAAGCCUCACGAUGAGACGUAUCCUUCGGUUUUGCCAAGUCUGAAAAGUUUGGGACCUUGUUCUGUUCUUGUACAGGAUCUUUGGAAUGGAUUAGAUUCUGUGUUUUCCCUUCGCUGUUAAUGUUCUGGUCCUUAUUUAUUAUUGUCUUGAGAGUGAUUCUCUAUUAUUUUAUUGUAAAGGUGAGAGCUUUUGUUCCCAUUUUGACUUGUGUUAAACUUAACGAGUUUUUCUUCUCAUUUUCUAUGUUUUCUUAA